AUGGCAACAUCCAAGGAGUCCCGAGCUGAAAAGGGCGACGUACGGAGCGCGCGUCCCUUCGAAUCGCGUGUCCAACCUGACACUCCCAGGCCCGAGUUGGAGGGGACUGCGGGUACUAACGUGUCACCAGGAGAUGCCAUAUCACCAGGCGAUGCCAUGAAGAGCCAGAACGAACGUGGCGGACGCCAGAAGCGUCUUCGUGACGACGAGGAAUCGGAUCACACAGACUUCCGCCAAAAGAAGCAGAAGGCCAAGCUGCCUAAAGGCUUGCGCAACAUCGCGAGCGCUUGUUUCUCCAACGCAUGCCUGCAACUUGUCAAUGCAGUCUUCACGCCAGCUCAGGUCGCACAGCUUGCAGGCGACAGUGAGAUUGAAAACUUUGGACUCGACGUACACGCUCUGAGAGGACUCGAAGGCAAAAAUCUUGACAGGACGCUUGAUGCUCUAAAAGGAGCGAUCAAGAAGUCGUCUCCUGUGAGAAUUGCGCCUUACGUAGGCAAGCUUCUCGAGGACCUGCGCAGCGACGAAGGUAGUACAGCGGAUCCUGUGCUACUCCAGCGGGCGUUCGCAUUCGGAAAGACAUGCUACACGCAUGAACAUGAAUUGUUUAGCGGUGACAGCCAAGAGGAUGCGAGCGAGUACUUGCGACUGCUCAUUUCGUCAGUAGGCGAAGAGCAAGGCUUCGUGGAUGAAGCUUUCCGGUACCACACGGCGGAAGCGACUGUCUGCAUGGCGCCGAGCUGCGAGUACCGCAACGAGCACUCCACCAACAGCAGCACCAUCUUGGAGGCUCAAAUUCCUCCUGCGUCGACGGCUUCUCUCGAAAGACAUGCGCCAAGACAGCGGAGUCGUACUUCCCCAGUCGCCACUCUUGAUUCAGUGUUAGAAGCUCAUUUUGAUAACGCAAUGUGCGAGGGAUCAACGUGCGGGAAGUGUAACGCGAAAGACUCUCUCGCUGCCCAACUCCGGAUGACGGAAUACCCUGAUCACCUCCUCGUCUCAAUCAAUCGGACGAGAUUCGAGUCAGCAGCAUCAUCUGCCAUCAAAGAUACCACCAAAAUUAAGCUGAACUUCGGAGACAUCCGCCUGGGCAAAGAGGGCGUGUGUUAUCGACUUAUUGGUCUUGUCAAGCACUUCGGCAAGCGUGCCGAUGAUGGACACUAUAGUGCCUAUGUAAAGAUCAGCGACGGUAACUGGGCYUCGCUGGAUGAUGAUGCGGUCAAGAUGGUGCCUAAGAGGGCUCUUGAGGAUGGCGUGAAGGGGUACUCAUCGAUCCUUUUGCUACAACGCUGA